GAGCGCUAGAAAGGGAUAACAUCACAGUCUCGCAGUCACCCACAACAGAAUCGAGAAGAGAAAAACGAAGGAAGAAGAGAGGUUCUACUUCUUCAUCUAUGGCGACGCCAGAUUCUGACGCUACUUCUCAGCCUCAAGAUUCUGAUUCUCUGUCCAAUCCUAGUCCUCCCAGCGCUCUCGUCCCCGCCGCUCCUGCCGUAUGCCUCCUCCGCUUCGCAACCGACUCAGCCGGGGGCGCUCUCAUGGGCUCUGUCUUUGGAUACGGUGCUGGAUUGUUUAAGAAGAAAGGUUUUAAAGGAUCCUUUGUAGAAGCGGGGUCUUAUGCAAAGACAUUUGCAGUUUUGUCUGGAGUUCAUAGUUUGGUUGUUUGCAUCUUGAAAAGACUUAGAGGAAAGGAUGAUGUCAUUAAUGCGGGGGUAGCGGGUUGUUGCACUGGACUUGCUCUAAGUUUUCCAGGUGCUCCACAAGCUCUUUUGCAGAGCUGUCUUACUUUUGGGGCAUUUUCUUUUAUUAUGGAAGGGCUAAACAAGCAGCAACCAGCACUUGCAGUUCCCAUGUCCUGGAAAAAACGAUCUGUGCAAUACAGUGCUCGUCCUCCCCUGGCACUCUCCCUUCAACUCCCUCUUCCAGAAGAACUAAAAGAAGCCUUCUCUUUUUUCUCCGAGUCUCUGAAGCAGCGCAGCAAGGGAUCUUACCCGACAUCUCAAUAAGAAAUCGGGUUUCAUGGUGGUCUGGUAUCAUGUAGAUAAGUUGUCACCCUUUCUAUUUUAUUUUUUAGGUUCCUUUUAGCCUUCAACAUUUUUUUUAACUUAAGGAUGACCAUAAACUGUCCAAGGACGCAUGGAUUGUUUACAUGUUACUGACCUCCAAUAUGGUUUGUUUAACUUGGAUGACCUAUCGUAUGAUGAUUUAGUAUAAGUAUUAUUUGGAUCCGAUUUUUGUUUGACAA